CCAGUUGUUCGUGGGCAGGUCGGUUUGAAAGGUGCCCCAAAGGACAAUCUCAACAGGGCGGCAGAGCACCCACCUAUCUUCUCUGGCAGAACAAAAAAUGCAGAUUUCCAACGCUUUACCAGAAAAUCUACUUACCUGCCAACCUUAGUUUUGAGACUUACUCCUACUUAAGAGAUGAGGAGCCUGCUUCAACUUGAAGACAGUCUAUCAAGUGAACAGACAGCCGGCCACCACAAUGAAAGAAAUCAAACCAGGAAUAACUUCUGCUGAACUCAUGCCUCAACUGUCCACAACUCUUUCUUGACAUGCAUCUCUGCUUACAGUACAUCACAACUAGAGAAUGGGGCUCAACCUGACACUUGCAAAAUUACCAAGUAAUGAGCUGCACAGCCAAGCCAGCCACUCAGCAAACAGCACGAGUGUGGGACAUGGGAAGAAUUCCACCCUUCACAACGAAUUUGACACCAUCAUCCUGCCCGUGCUCUACCUAGUUAUAUUUGUGGCAAGCAUCCUGCUGAACGGUCUGGCUGUGUGGAUCUUCUUCCACAUUAGGAAUAAAACUAGCUUCAUAUUUUAUCUCAAAAACAUAGUGGUGGCUGACCUCAUAAUGACACUGACAUUCCCAUUCCGCAUAGUCCGUGAUGCAGGGUUUGGACCUUGGUACUUCGAGUUUAUCCUCUGCAGAUACACCUCAGUUUUGUUCUAUGCCAACAUGUAUACGUCCAUCGUGUUCCUUGGACUGAUCAGUGUCGAUCGCUAUCUGAAGGUGGUAAAGCCUUUUGGUGACUCUCGCAUGUACAGCAUAACCUUUACCAAAGUUUUAUCGAUUUGUGUUUGGGUGAUCAUGGCUGUUCUGUCCUUGCCAAACAUGAUCCUAACGAAUGGUCAACCAACUAAGGAAAAUAUUCAUGACUGCAUGAAACUCAAAAGUCCUUUGGGAGCCAAGUGGCAUAUGGCUGUCACCUAUGUUGACAGCUGUUUGUUUGUGGCUGUGCUGGUGAUUCUGAUUGGAUGCUACAUAGCAAUAUCCAGGUACAUCCACAAAUCCAGCCGGCAAUUCAUAAGUCAGUCAAGCCGAAAGCGAAAGCACAACCAGAGCAUUCGAGUGGUCGUGGCUGUGUUUUUUACCUGUUUCCUCCCAUAUCACUUGUGCAGAAUCCCCUUUACCUUUAGUCACUUGGACAGGCUGUUAGACGAAUCAGCACACAAGAUUCUCUAUUACUGCAAAGAAACGACACUUUUCUUGUCUGCAUGCAAUGUGUGCCUGGACCCAAUAAUUUACUUUUUCAUGUGUAGGUCAUUUUCCAGGAGGUUAUUCAAGAAAUCAAACAUAAGAACAAGGAGUGAGAGCAUCCGAUCACUGCAGAGUGUGCGGAGAUCAGAAGUGCGCAUUUAUUAUGACUACACUGAUGUGUAGGGACCAGAGGCCAGGUGGCCUUCUCUUAUUGGAAUCAAUAUGUAAAAAGUGUGAAUAAAUGUUUCUUUUUACUAUCCUGGCUGAAGCCCUUUGAAA